AUGGUUGGCCUAAAUAGUAGCAGAACUAAACAAGAUGAUAGUUCUGAAUAUGAUAGGAAAAGAGAAAUUCAAGCCUUUGAUGAUUCGAAGGCCGGUGUAAAGGGACUUAUGGAUGCUGGUGUCACAAGGUUACCGCAUAUAUUCUUGCACAACCAGUAUGUGAAUGAAAAGAAACAGAACUCCGACAAUGUAAUUACAAAGUUUAGCAUUCCAGUCAUAGAUUUUGAAGGCUUGGGAAAAAGUGCAGCUCAACGGGCUGAUAUCGUACGAGGAAUAAAGGAUGCUUGUGAAAACUGGGGCUUUUUCCAGGUUGUCCACCAUGAGAUCCCAUUAAUUGUCUUGGAGAAAGUACUAGAAAACGUCCGCCAUUUUCAUGAGCAGGAUUUUGAGGUGAAGAAAGAGUUCUACUCCCGUGAUGUUACGAGGAAGUUCAGCUACAAUAGCAAUUUCGAUCUACAUAAAACACGAGCAGCUAAUUGGAGGGACACCCUUUCCUGUGUCGUUGCUCCUAAUCCUCCUGAUCCCAAAGAAAUGGCUGAGGUUUGUAGAGAUGUUUUGAUUAAAUACGCGGAGUAUGUGAAGAAACUGGGCCUUACUAUAUUUGAGUUACUCUCUGAAGCUCUAGGGCUCAAUCCAGAUCACUUGAAAGACAUGGAAUGUGCUAAGGGGCUUGUCCUCGCUGGCCAUUAUUAUCCGACAUGCCCUGAACCAGAUCUCACUUUAGGGCUUAGCAGUCACACAGAUGGUGGCUUCUUGACUAUUUUAUUACAGGAUCAAGUUGGUGGCCUCCAAGUCUUUCAUGAACGUCAGUGGUUUGAUGUUCCUUUCUUGCCUGGAGCUCUAAUUGUGAACAUUGGAGACCUUAUGCAGCUAAUCACGAAUGAUAAAUUCAAAAGCGUCCAUCACAGAGUGCUGGCAACGAAUGCCGGACCAAGAAUUUCAGUGGCUAGUCUUUUCAUAAUGCAUUUUCAAGAAGGCAGAGGAUUAUAUGGGCCAAUUAAGAAGUUGUUAUCAAAGGAAAACCCUCCAAUCUACCGGGAAACAAGAAGAAAAGAGUAUGUCACAUAUUUAUACAGCAAAGGGCUUGAUGGAACUUCUUUGUCGUCACAUUUCAAAAUACAGAAAUAG